AUUGUGUAGAGUGAAUUGGUGAAAUUUCCAAAGAUUAGAUUGGCUCUAUUGAUGAAAGGAAGGAAACUUUGGUUAGUUCGACAUGGUGAGAGAAUGGACCACGUUGAUGAAAUAUGGAAGCAGAAAGCUAAGAACCCAUAUGAUCCUCCUCUGACAGAACGAGGACGCAAGCAAGCUUGGGAGUUGGCAGGAGAAUUAUCUAAAGAACAGGUUGAUGUUAUAAUCUCGUCGCCUUUUCUUCGAUGUGUUCAAACCGCUGUUAUUAUUGCAGAGAAGUGUGGACUUGAAAUCAAAAUCGAGCCAGGAGCUACGGAAUGGCUCAAUGAAGAGUGGUUUGGACCAACCAUCCCCGAGUGGAAAUCCUUGGAGGAACUGCGUGAUCAAUUUCCUGCUAUUGACGUGACUUAUCAACCCAUUUUCAUACCAAAACACCCAGAAACGCGUUUUUCACUGAAAGAACGGGCUAGGAAGACUAUGAUGAGUCUUACACAGGAACGAUAUCCACUUCAGAAUAUCCUCGUAGUUACACACGGCGCUUCUGUUGAAGUACUUGCGUUGGGUUUGUAUCCAAAACGGCCAGUAGAUUGGGUCACUUAUUGCUGCCUCACAGAACUGGUAGAACAAGAUAACAGACAGUGGAUACCAACACGAAUUUGUGACACAUCCUUUUUAAGUGAACCAGAGCAUUGUUGUCCCGUUUAUCGUUAAACUUUUGCUUGAGGACAUUGCUCUAUUAUUGCUUCUUGUAAAAGCCACUUUAGAUGGUCAGCAGCAUGAAAUAACCAAAGUGGCUCCUUGGCUUAUUUUGAAAGCCAAGGAGAGAUAGAGAGCAAUAAACAAGGUUUUGUAUGUGGUUUGAAUUUUCUCGUCAUCUCGAGAAUAUUUCUGUGAUUCAAACUGUUUUGGAUCAGAAGAUGUUGUCUCCUUACUUGCUAAGCUCGCUGCUGCUGCAACUCUUCAAGGAUGCUCUUGAAGUUGGAAUAUCUCGUUUUACUUCAAAUGUCGAAAUGUCCCUUCGUCUUGUAAAGUGACAAAUCGAAUUUUUAGGUUUACUAUGAGUUUUCAUGAAAUUCAAUCCAAGCGAAUUGAGCUUUGGUAUUCUCAUUUUUCCAGAAUAUGGUUAGUUGGCUGUUCUUAACCCUUUUGCUAAAUAUGCAACCAAAUUUUCACCUGCAUUGGUCAAAUGAAUCUCCUAAAUGAUGCUUAGGAAUGUUCGCCUUGAAUAAGUCUAUGUCCGCAUCAGCAUUUAGCACUUCUAGUCAAGGCCACAAAGAUUGACAGUUCACAAGUGUACUUUUCAACUCUUUUUCUCAUCACCACACCAUUUCUUUCGGUGAAUAAAGUAAAGUCUCUCGCC